AACCUGGACUGCACCGACCUUGGCGCAAUGUAUUCAACUCGGGCAUCAUCGGUGACUUCCGUAUUCCUUCGACGCACACUCACCAACAGGCGUGGUUUACAAUUGCGAUAAUACAGCUUUAACAUUUAUUUUUAUCUGUUCCAAGUCAACAUGCCGCACCUAAUGACCAAUAAAAUAUAUAGCAUGAAUCCCGUUCCACGUUUAUCCUCUCAAAAUUACAGGGUUACUUUACAUUUGAGUUAGAAUUGAAGUAUAAUGAAACCAUUUGCAGCUGACGGUCUUGCGCGUUACAUCGCAUUCGCGCCCCAAAUUAUGCUGUGCGAUACGACUGUGCAAAAUUUCCUUAUAUGGCAAUAUUUUGCACGCGCAAUCUGAUUCUUCGGGUUCAAAUAUCUCCAUUCAUUCAUUUGCACAAAAAUUACAUGCAAAGACUAUACAGAUAUUGGCAUGAGAACAUGAUAAACUGACAUUACAAUCCUGGUUCAAUACCUUAUCCUGAGAAUACUAUAGGAAGAUAUGUUACGUAAUUAUUAUUUUCAGAAUUUCUUGUACAAUUCCACUUCCUUUUAAAAUCGGAAGUAAUCGGAAUGCACAUUACGGAAAGAUAAUCCGAAGAUCACGUCAAUGGCAGACGAUCCGAACCGAGAUAUUCUUCCAGUUAAGGACGAUUCCUGCUACGGAAGCAUUCGAUGCUUCAGCGACAUAGAUCCCAGAGAACGUCACAUAGUGUGCAAACUCGACCGCUACCAACUGGAAGAUAGGUAUUUGCGGCUUCUGGAUGAGGUCCAAGGUCUCAAGAAAUUAUCCAAUAGUCAGGAAGACAAGAUCAAGAGACUAGCAACGAAAUUAAUGCGAUCUGCAAGCUCCACAAGAGCCUGUCCCGCUGCGCUCGCAAUCAACGAGGAUCGGGAGAGAAUCACCAGAUUGGAAUUAGAAAAUACUAGAUUGAAGGACAAAGCGUACACGUUAAAAAACCAACUGCUGAGUCACAGAGGUCCCAGGUCACCGUCGAGAUGUCGGCGUGUCGCAAGUGGCGUAUCUUCUGGACCAACAACAUACAGAAGCGACAGUGCUCGUACGAAAUACCAAUCCCAACCACGACAGGGAUUCGAGGACAACAAUUUGCAAAAUUAUCUAACAAAGAUAGAAGAACUCGAGAGCGAAAAAAAUGAAAUGAUUAAGCGAAUAGCUGACUUGGAAAGUCAAAUCGCUGGGCACGUAGCCGGAAUCCAAAGAGAAAAAGUCCAGGACAACGUGGAGUACAUUCGAAUGUGGCGUCAUAUGAAGCAAGCAAACGAUAAACUUGUGUCUGUCCAAGCUACGAACGAAAUGCUCCACGCACAAAUAGGAGAUCUGAAGAGACUUUUGGAAGAGACGACUAAAAACAACAGGGAAGUCACAGCAGCAUUAGUGGCCGAGAAACAACGACUAUCGGAAAUAGAUGAGCAAAUUACGAUUGCCAAAGACACCCAGUUAAGUCUACGCGAGAAGGAGGAACAGAUUCGCGGUCUCACGAAUGAGAUGACGAUUCUAAAGCAGCAUAAUGAAGAGUUAAUUGCUUUGAGUUCAAAGUUCGGGCAAGUGGAGAUCGAGAAUAUGGAGCUGAAGAGGAAGGUCUCCGAGUGCGCGCAAGACAACCAAAAUCUAAAAUCCGCUUUAAAUUCGGAGCAAACCGACCAUGCUGCUCUGAAAGCCGCGAACGAUCAGCUGAUGAAGAAAAUAGAGGAACUCCAAAGAAAUAUGGACAAUUUAACUGUGCAGCUCAUGACAUUUCAGAAUCAAGGAGAUGAACGUCUCGUAUCAAAGGGAACUCAAAGCGAAAUAAAAUGUGCCGACAAAAAUAUCGGGACUUCAUUAACACCCAAUAGUCCUCUUUCCAGUCCGUCGGAUGAAAAUAAAGAAUUAUUUUCGGACUACGCAGCAGAUCACGAGCCUGAUGCAGAUUCCGGCGAUAUACAGAAGAUUAAAGUUUCGAAGAAGGGAUCCGAUCCUGCAGGUUCGCGAGGCCAUGGAAAGUCGACUGGGCCAAAAUCGAAAAAAACUACUAGUAAAAAAAAGACGAAAAAUAUUUCUGAAAGCGAAAGCGAGUCGUCAUCUCAUCCGAAUACUCGAGCUGGCGUUGAUCAUAAAUCGAAUCCAAUACCUCAAGCAAAAGUUGCAACUAUGUCACGAGAAAAAAUGUUGAAACUCUUGGACCAGGCGCAGAUAAGUACGCCGUUGGAGGCUCAAAAUGCUGCGAGAAUGCGGCAAUUUGAUGCAACUGGCGGACAAAAUGACGCUUCCAUAUUCCCAGAAUCUUAUAGGCAAGUGAUUAAUCUUGAAACAUUGCUGUUCGGUAAUUCUAAUGACAAAAAUGACCGAAGUCCUGAGGAGACUGCUGAUAGCUCUUUCGACCCGAAACAAAUUCUGUUAACUCUGUUCGAGAUCCUGCAAUCCUACAGUGAAAGAAUUCCUAAGAUUGCAGAAGGCUCCUGCACCUGCUGCGACUUGCGGUCACGUAGCGCGGAAAACUUUGCACAUAAAAUUGGAGGAAAUUUAAAAUUAAAAGUAACAGAUUUCAACCGGCUAGAAAAUGGGCAAAUGAAUCCCUCUGGUAAGCCCUGCUCGAUUUUGUAUGAAAAAUUAAAGAACGGAUGUAACAGGAUGAAAAUCGCAGAUGAGGAAAUUAACGAGGAUCAAAAUCUCCGGCAGAAAUUUAACGAAACUGGAUGCUGCACCUGUACAUCGAAUCUCAAAUGCCACUCCACUACUUCAGACUGUGAUUACAGUUGCUGCAUACCUGAAACCGAUCCUGGUUUGCUACUCAUGGGAAAACGUAACUUUUUUUGCCCAAAUAAUUCAGCGAUCAGCAAGCAAGGUGAAUUCGAGAAUAUCGGGUCAACGAUUCAGGAGACUUUCGAUUCAAUUUACACGGGACGUGAUAGCAGAUGUGACUGUCCCACCAAUCACUUCGAUCUUCGGAAAGAGAUAAAACUUGGGAAUAUAAAUGAUCGAUCAAUGAUCGAAAACGGAUUGAGUGGCAACUCCCUAAAAUUGCAGGCGUGCAAAGAAAUACUGCAAGCUCACUAUCAUUUAAAUAGUGAUUGUAAACAGGAGAAGAACAUUAAUACCUGUGAUGUGGAUUGUCACAAUACAAACGAGUGCGGCGAUACGCCGAGGCUUAGCAGAAGCACCACAUUUCCUUUGCUGAUUACUAAGGGGCAGGGACUUAUCGAAAUCCAUAUAGCCUCGCUUCAGCUCUCUUCAAAGGCAAAAAAACUGAUUUCAAAAAAGAAUCCGCAAGAAAUAUCCAUUUUUAUUAGCUGGGAUAUGUGCGGUCAAGAAACGGCGUUUACACCAAUUCUGAAAUAUCCCUCGCUGAGCUUCAAUUCAUCGUCGGUCUACCGCGUGUGCGAACUGCAGAACUUUUUCGAUUUCGUACUUCGAGAACACAUUAUUUUUCAGGUGCAUUUAACAAAUCCAGACGAGGAGACUUCCACGGUGGCUAAAGCGAAGCUUAAUAUAAAAGACAUCCUGGACUAUCCCCAAAAUAAACUGCACUACGUAACGCCAGUUCUCAGCACAUUGCCGUGUUCCUGCGGGAACAAUUUUGGACAAUUAUCCCUAUGGAUUAGACUCAGCUGCGACAUCGAUUUAGUUGAAAAUUUUAAAGAUCGAUGCGGUUUGGUCAACAGAGAUCUGAAAACUCAACCUCCGGUACAACCGAGAAAGGAAAAUGUUGAGCCAUCUGUACUCGUCAAAAAAAGCACGCCAAAGAACUCCGCCCCCCACAAUGACUUGUAUUCGUAUCCAGAACUUACCACCGCACCGGUACGCGAUAUUAUGCAAGAAACUAAUGAUUUGUACAAGAAUAACGAUUUGGGGCAAAUAGCGAUAGCAAAGAGUAACCGCUUGGACACGAUCCGUGAAUCUGGUUUGUCGAAUUUUUUUAUUUCUGAAGUUACUUUUGGAGAAAGUUUGACAAAUCUAUUCGCGUUGUCCGGCAGCCAUAGAGCAGUGGCAACGGCAAGAAUUCGACCAGGUGUCAGUCCAGAAAAAAAAUCAAGCUUUACCCGAGACUUGAGGAUGACAGCGUUGCAUGAACGAGUGGAUAGUAACCAGCAGGUCGAAAGUGCCAGCAUCAGAGAGUUCAACAAUGUUUUAAAAAAUAAAGAAAAUGAAACUUCUCUCGGUGAGACUGGUAGCGGAACGACGAUACGCGACUUGGAGAAGGUGAUCGCUGACGAAAAGUGGGAAGAAUACAAGCGCAGUAGCCUUGGAGGAAACAGUGGCAGUUUACAGCCGAAAUUCGAGGACGCGAGUUACGGAAGCACUCGUGAGACGUCCGGUAGCAGAAAUGUGACUUUGUCCAAGGACACGAUCAUAAUAUCAAUAGUGACAAUGACCCUCUUCGACAAAACUAGUCUCAUGAACAAUCCUGACAUCCAAUUGCUCUACAUUGAAUAUUCGUUCCUUGGCAUGCGGGGUGCUGACAUGGAAACCGCAUCGUUACCCAAGCCGACAAAUAAGGGAGAAUCCAUGGUCUACAAUUUCACAAGAAGAUUCACCAUUGACGACGGAUAUCAUAUUUCGCAGAAAAAUAUGCUCACCGCGAUGUUGUCAGGCACCGCCAGCCCGCGAAUCAGAUUCGUUAUUGUCAGCGAGCCGCUUCCAGAGGAUAUGGAUACUAAGGAAUGUGUGGAAGUGGGACACGCGGACUUAAAUAUUAGAGAAUAUGCUCUGGGCGAUGGCUUGAGGGAUGUCCCGUUGAUAAUAAUGGACCCAUCGCAGUCGGAACAACUCGGAAUGUUGAAAGUGAGACGAUCAGGUGACGGUGUGCAAGUUGAUUUUAUUAUGAGAAAUUAUUUUUCAGAUAACAAUCGACGGCAUUGAGAUUAUUCGAAAUUGUAUGAUGGUUCAAAGAAGGAUGUGAAGUGGAAUAAAAGAUGGAGUAUGUAUAUGGUCCGCGAAAAAUUUUCCAGUGCCCAAAUGUUCAAUGUGUAUGUAAAGUUUAUUAAAAUUAUAUAUAUU